AUGCCAUCACGGGUGUUCGCUACCAAACAGAUAACGCAGAUGGAGAUGCCGUCAACGAAGGAAGAAGGUGAAGCUCAGCUUGCUCCCUAUAAAACCCAGCUUCUGAUAAAAGCAUCCUCUCCAGACCAGUUGCAAAACCUCCUUCCAGUCUCCUACCGGACGGGUUCAGACAAUUCUGACCUCGCUCCUGCGACACCACACAACAGCGCCUUCCUGGAGAAAGAGCUGGGGCUUGGACGUUUAGUCCAACUGAAUCCGCGGCUAUGGUUUGCGGGACGGCCAACCCCGACACGCCCGCUACACUAUCAACGGAUGCUGGGCCGGGAAAUUGUCGUAGCCGAACAGAUGGAUCUCCAUCUCGUCUGGACGACGGGGCUCAUCCACAUCAAACCCAUUCCACGAUUUCUGCUGGAACCCAAUUUCUGGACACAUUGUCUUUCUUGCCAAAGUCACCGGUGCUCACGAACCACAUUGACACCCUGCGAUCGCCAGAGACUUUGGAGGUGUGCCUUGGGGUUCCUGUUCUCCUACGCUGCUCUGAUCUGCCACGAGAGCGACUUCUUUCUUGCGAAGGACAACCGCUUGAUUCCCAAGGAAGUUGAAUGGGACGACUGGAGGGAAUUCGCCACGGAGCUGAGUACGCAGACCAUCUACGGGCGGAUCGAUGAGCGCUUCUAUUACGGAGAGCUGCGCCUCAGCCGGUUGAACAAGCUGCAGUAUCUGGCUUCCUUGAGUUCUUACAUGCCUCCGUGGAAUCGCUAUGGGGAUUUCUUUCACGACCAGUUCGCGUGGCUCGCCUCCACAACAGUUUAUAUCGCUGUGGUUCUCACAGCGAUGCAAGUUGGUCUGGCUACUACACAUCUUGCUGAUAAUGCAGCCUUUCAGUCGGCCUCUUAUGGUUUUACUAUCUUUUCAAUUCUGGCGCCUCUCGCGGCUAUGGCUCUCGUUCUGGCAACCUUUUUAUAUAUAAAUUUAGAAGAUGCUGCCGACGCUGCAGAGAAGGCCGCCAAGGUUGAUGGCCUUGAGGAUACCCCCGACGAGGCCAAGGACGAUGGGCAGAAGGCCGGCAAGGACCUCAAGGAGGAGGCCAAUGACACCGCCAAGGACGGAGCAGACGAGCUGCAAGAGACCCUCGAUGAGGCCGUUGAGGGAGCAGAGGAGGUGGAAGACAACGGUGAGGAGGACGAAGAUGAUGGGGCCGAGGAGCUCGAAGAUGCCUAUUGA